CGCCGGAUCAGACUUUCGAUCGUAAAGGUCAGUCCGCGGAAAGAGCGCAGUCGACGAGGCGUGCGCCGACAUGGAGGAUCCUAGCGAAGACGAUGCGUCUCCAUCACCCCCAACACCAUCCACCUCCACACAAGACACAGCGACAUCCAACGCCGCUGUUCCCGCACCAAACAACCUCGUACAAGCGCCGCAAUCCCUCUCUAAAGUUUCUCCCGACUCUCUUCCCGACUCUAUUGCCCCUAAACAGACUACACGCAGCCUUCUAAUCCUCCAAUUAGAGCGCGAAAUGCAGAAGAGAAGACCCGACCACUUUGUAAUUGGUGUAACGUGUCGCUCGCUCGGUGGUGUACCCUCUAACUUGCGAUCUCAAGUGUGGCAGGAGCUUCUGGGCGUGGCUCGUACCGAGCGACUGAGUCUGGACCAGAGUAUCUUACAGGUAGAGGAAGACCUGGACAACCAGCGAGUUAUCGCCGCCGAUGCAGCCAGAACCAGAGGCAACGAGCCUCGUUUCAAACAACCAGAGACUGUGGAGCUCGUGGUCAAGCUGCUCACGUACUACUGCAAGUGCCGCAGCAUCCAAUACAAACAGGGAAUGAACGAGGUGCUCGCCCCCUUCUUACUGCUUACUGAGCAGCGAGAUGGGGCUCAAAAGAGAGUCCCAUUGGCCGAAGGAGUCGUGUUCCAGUGCUUUUACGCGCUUAUCGACAGGUUUCUGCCCCAUGUGUUCGUGGAUAAAGAGUUCCGAUCACUGCAGUGUUCCUUCCAGUUAUACAGACUCUUAAUGCUGUACCACGACCCAGAAUUGUGUCACUAUCUGGACCAGCAUGACAUGACUCCGGAACUUUAUGUGACGCCGUGGUUUAUGACGCUGUUUGCGCGCUCCUUACCGCCCGAAUUUGUGUUUUAUCUCUGGGAUUUUUUCUUAUUGGAAGAAGACCCGUAUUUACUGCAUUUUGUGGCUUACGCACUGGUCGCAGCGAACCGGGAGAAGAUUUUUGACGCGGAUAUUGCCAUGCUACCACAAGUUCUGAGUUCUCUGACUUUCUCGUCGCGUGAUGAACUGGAACAGGUUUGUGCCGAUGCAUUGGCGUUCUCCGAGUUGACACCAAAGUCGUAUAAGCGAGAUUUGUACUCAGUAUGUUAUGGGGGCUUCACAGAUGCCAUGGUGCCGUUUCUAGAUCAACUUUACGCGUGCUCCAGUCUGCAAGUGUAUCCAGAGGAACUAGUACGCAACUUGAUGGACCGAUUAGCGACCAAAGCGAAGGAGAAACGGAUUCCAGUGCCCUCAGCCAUGCAAGAAGAAGAUACAAGCCUCCAGGAUUCGUUGAACCCGUUGCUGUCACCUGCCACUGAAGCUCCGUUGUUAUAUUCCUCUGGGAACGAUGCGGAUGAAGUGACGGCGUUGAAGUUUAUCGUAUUGGAUUGUCGACCUGCAGAGGAGUACCACAAGUCGCAUUUAAGUCUCUCGCACCACAUUGAUCCGAGUAUUAUGGGAAGACCAGAUGCUCUAGAUGGACUCAUGAAGGGCUUCUCACACAUGAAAGGCUGCCACUUUUGCUUCGUUGGCCCCUCUGUCGUGUCGCCUCCUGUUCUACCGAGAUCCUCGUCGAAUAACGCGGCACUGAACACUAUUGUGCGUCUGGCCAGAGUCAUUUCUAACGAUAAAUCUGCACUAGAGCAGAGCCAGAAGCCCAUUGAAGUUCAAGUAGAGGAAAUCAUGUCGUCGCCUCCAACUGGACCCGCAACACUAGCAAGAAAGCAGAGUCCAGGAGAACCUGGCGCGCUAGCUAGCGAGAUCGGCAGUAAUGGAGCGUCUAAGGUACACGCGGAACACGAAUCGGUGACUCGACUGGUACUGAUGUUCCUGCAAAAAGGAUUCAAGUAUGUAAGCCAUCUGGACGGAGGAUUUGACGAACUGGAGAAGAGUAUUAAAACCAUGGACACGUUCGCGCAGGAGCAGCUUCUCGUGUCCUCACCGAUGCCAAUACCGGUUACUGAACAUAUACCGGUACCAGUUGAGACUAGUACUGGAGGUUUCAACCUGUUCGCAAAGAUUGGAUUGAAUCGUUCACGUGCUCCUUCCCAAGAUGAUUUUACGAUGGAAGUUGAUACUGCGGCGCGCUCUGAAGUAUCUGAAAGCAGUGGACUUUCAACGACCAUCACUGUGAGUGAAUCUACGUCUACUUCAUCAGCUCCUAACAGUACGCCGAAGGAAAUGAAGGACAUUAAAAGAAAGACGAGUUCAGCGGUGUCGACGUUGUCGCAGCGCUUGAUGCUGUUGAAGGCAGCAGCGAGAGAUGCAGUGUCGUCCACGUCGAGCUCGAUAGGGCUAUCGAACAGCAGUACCGCUGAGGUAAAUGAUGUCGAAGAAAGCCACUCUACAAGCGACGAUGGAUGGGUCGAAGUGCGUGUGAAGACAAGCGAUACACUGGAGAAGAAUGCUGGGAAAAUCACAGAGGUUGAGCUGCAGCCUGGUCCGAUCGGGAUCUUGUUCCAGAAGUCUCGUGCAUCAAAGAUCUUCCAAGCUGUGGUGGAUAGCGUGGUGCCAGAUAGCCAAGCGUCCGCCACUGGACUCAUCAACACUGGAGAUUUACUCGUUGCGGUUAAUGGAGAGAGUCUGGAAGAUGUCCCGUUCCUCACUGUAAUCGAGCGUGUCAUCGAAGCAACUCGACCAGUGGUGUUACGUUUUCUUACUCCUGCAAGUUCGCAGAAGGAUAAGGCUGCUACUGUGUCUGAUAUCCCUCCACUGGCUCCUACACUUGUAAGCGCGACAAGGCACUCGAUCUGUAUCACGUGGGACAAACUCCCUGCCUCAGUCGCGUCUCCUGACGUAGCUCGCUAUCAACUCCAGUUUGCCAAGCAAUCAGGUGACGAGUUUAAUCCCUGGUUUCCAGUUGCGAUGAAACAAGAAGGAACGACAGCCGAGGUGGAUUCUACCGGUAUCACGGACCACACGAACGGGACGAUGGUCGGUCUGGAGCCCGGUGAGUCUCUAGUAUUUCGCGUGCGUUGUGGAGACGGGCAACAAUGGGGACCGUACAGUUUAUCGAGCGGCUCUAUGAAGACAUUGAAUGCAGAAAAAAAAUCCGAAUCAGGAGCUGUUACACCGACGUCUGUGGGCCAUGAAGACGUGACUACCGCGGUUUUCCUACCCGGUGUUUGUCCUGAAUACGUCGAGCGAGGAAGGUUUUUCUACCGCGUUCUACUCGCAUUACAAGCGCGUCGUCGUCCGGAUUUUAACGCCGAGAAGCUGGAUAUUGUAUUGGAGAAAGGGGUUGUGAUCAGGGGAACGGAGAGACUAGUGUGUCCAGGUACCAACCAGAUCUUCGUCCGACUUGCGUUUGGAAACACUGACGAUAGUGCCGAUCAAGAUCGAGAGUACGAAGGAGCAGAUGGUGAAGUGAUGUUGCUUCGGAAUGGUCAAAGAGAAGCAGAUGAUGACGCUGACGGGGUAUGGGCCUUUGAAAACACCCCCGACGGUGAAGUAGUCCUUGAACGACUGCCUGAAUCUGCUACUGAAGAGACUGGGCCUUCAUUACAAGAGCAAGCUAAGUCUAUGGUGCAGUCCUUCCUCAAUUCAAGUGGAAUCUCCCCAGGCGACAAUGCCAACUCCAAUAGCGCUGGAUCGAUCAGUUCCAUGGUCUCCACUGCAGCUAGCAGCAGUGGAGGUAGCAGCGUACCGUCGUCUUCACAUGCGCUCGUCGCACCGCGUAUUCUGCAGGUGUUUGCUGCAUCCAGCUCUGAAGUUGUGGUUACGUGGGAUCCAGUAAACGAUGUAGGUGUAACCAAGUACCAGAUCCAGUAUGUGAAGGAUCGUUUGGCUGCCAUGUGGUGGACAGUAAAGCCGGACAUCGAAGCGGAUACUCUAAAGUACUCCGUAUCGGGUUUACAGCCGAACACACCGUAUGUGUUCCGUAUUCGCAGUGGUGCCGAAGACAACAAAUGGAGCCCGUACAGUGAGUCAAGCGAGAGCUGUCGCACACUCCCGACUGGUAAAGUAUCGGCAAAUAACUCUAGUGAUGAAGACGAUAAGACAUCAAUAACGCGACGACCUACAAGCAGUAAUGGGAAGAAGCCGCAAUCGACGGCACUAGGGCCGCAGAGUGCUCCAAUGCGUACUGGAAGCACGAUUCUGGAUAAAGCUGUUGCUGUUGCUUCACGACUGAGACGCCGCUCGAAUUCCUCCAACCAGCAAUCUGAUGAGACGUCACUCAGUAAAGAAGACGAGACUCAACAGCUCGAAGAUGAUAGGAAAAGCGAGUCUCCAUCGCGAUAUGUCAACUUGGCAAGCUGGAAAUCGUCGUCGAAUAAUACAGACAAGGACUUCCACUUCUAUCACGCAACUAAAUUUCAACAACAGGACGAAAAAACCCAUCGACAACUGAGCAAUUUAGGUGAUCGGGAGCUGGUGGUCACGAGUUCAGCUCUUGUUGUGCUCGUUGUGAAGGCGUCGACACCCAAGGGCUAUGCGCUAGUUGAAGAGUGGCGACCAUUGACGUCACUGACGAAGCUUGAGGAACGGGAAGACCUGGACAACUCGCUCGUCUUCCACUUCAAAGACCAAAUUGAGGCUACACCUGACUCUGCUGAUCGCACAGAGAGGGGCAACCAACUGAUUGUCGUUGUUAACGAGGCCAAAGCCUGCGCCAAAGUUGUACAGGAGUAUCACGCGAAGGUGAAGCUCGAGGGAUAAUGUGUGAAGCAGUGUACUGUAGAUGCUGAGCUGCAGACCCGCAGUGUGUUGAUGUUCAUUGAAAAACCUUGUACGAAAAAAAUGCUAACUACCUAAAAACAAUUGAUAGACAUUACAUGUACAAACUUACUCGGUCUACUCGCUAAAUAAUUAUUGUUACGUGUU